AUGUUCUCUGCGACAUCACGGCGUGCCUGCGCCCUGACUCGCAAAUCCCCAAUCCCCCACCAACCACCCACACGCUCGAUAUCCCUCGCCCAUUCCAAACCCAACAAUGCAUACACAUCGUCACAAGCACAUCGUCCGAUCCUCCCUCGAUACCACCACCCCAACCAGCAAACCCAAACCCGACACCUCUCCUUCGCGCAGCGCAUGAGACUCGGCUUCCGUGAAGCCUCGAAAGGAAUCUGGCGAAAGAACCCCGUCCUCCUGCCAUUGGCGAUUGCGUCCGCCGUUGGAGCUACGGUAUUAUUCGCCUACAUCGCCUACGUCGAGUACACGCGCGUCGGACCGCAGUAUCAUAAGUUCCCGCCGCCCGUGGCGGAGUCGUUGCGGACAGCUGUGUAUUACACUGAGGUGGAUCUCAAUCCGCCCAAGGCGUUGCAGGCGUAUAAGGAAGCGCUGCGAAUUGCGAUCGAGAUGGGCAUGCAUCCGUUCUCGGAUGAGAUGUUGGGGAUUAAGUUGCAGGUGGCGAUGAUGUUAGAGAAGGCGGGACUGGUUAAGCCAGCGGUGGAGGUGUUAGAGCGCACGAAGACAGAGACACUGAAUUGGAUUGAAGACGGGAGAAAGAGGAAGGCUAUUCAGAUGAAGGAGGAGCCGGUCGAUGCGGCAGUAGAUACCAUGGAUCCGGAAGUCCUCGAGGCCCGUCAAAAGAUGAAGGAGAUCGAGGAAUUCGAAGACAAGCUGCGCGAUAAAGCGCUGAAAAAGGCAGUCGGGAUCGAGAUGAAGCUGGCAGAGCUGUACUCGAGUGACUACAUCCAAGACGAGAAGAAGGCCGAGUCUGCGCAGGUUGCCGCGGUAGAGCUAUGUUUGAAGGAGUUGAACCGACGUCAGUCCUUGGGUCUCCCGGUUGGCGAAGGUUCAAAUGACAAUGACUCCUGGUUGAAUCUGACAGAGAUCGCCACCGCUCUCUCUGACCUUGCCUCCACCUACACCGAUCAGGAGAAGUAUGAUCUCGCCAUGCCUCUGUAUCUACGCGCUCUGGAUCUCCUCCGUGUUGACGAGGGAGACUCCCCGACAUGCAAACAGGUUGUGCUGCUCAACGACGUCGCCAGUGCCAUGGCCGGACAGGUACAGAAACCCAUUCGGGCCCCAGACCCGGACAUCGCGCGAGGCCAGAUUAUCGACGCUGCGCGACAGUGGGCUCAGAAGUCCAUCGAUGUGGCUGCUAGGAUCCAGCCGCCAAUCCGAGACCAGGACUGCGAUUCAUCCUGUGUGGCCGCCACGUAUAAUCUCGGCGAAUUAGCAGAACUUCAAAACAAGACGAAAGAAGCCGAGAGGUAUUACGCAGAAGCUAAGUCCCUGGCGCUGGGGCUGAGUUUUGAAGAAGGCAUCGCCAUGGCGGACAAUGCUCUGAAAAGAGUGACUACAAAAUGA